AAAACGUUCUAUGCUUACGUGUCAACAACGACCACAAUCUCCCUCUCUCGACAUUUCCAAGGAAACAAUAAAAAUUCUAUCUUGAUCAUUUCUUUUUUUAGUUUAGUCUCUUCUUAUUAAAUUUGUAGAUGAAGAUCGGGAUAGCCGUUGCUCUCCAUUACCCUUCGCCAUUAUCUUUACCAGGAGGUGUUUCUCUUCUUGUAAUCUGAUUCUUGUUCUAUGUUACUGUGCAAGAAGAGCAUUUGUUACCACUGGAUUAUCGAAUUUGCAAUUUGAUUUUGAAUUUUUUUUUUCUUUAAUCUGGUUUUUAUCAGAAUUGAAAUUUUGGAGCUGCUAGAAAGGCUAGGGGAGUGUCGAAUUUGUGGCUUCAAGAUUUAUGCUAAUGGAGCCUCACAAUUUUGUGGGGUUCAUAGCUCAGGUUCUCAAGUUAUGAUUGGAUUUUGAGAAUUUGUGAUUCGGGUAUCUGAGAAUUCCAAGUUAUCCUAAAAUGUAUGCUGUAGGGAGGCUAGGCAGCUACAUAACCAGAGGUGUAUACACUGUCUCUGGCCCUUUUCACCCAUUUGGUGGUGCUGUGGAUAUCAUUGUUGUGGAACAGCCAGAUGGGAGCUUUAAAUCCUCACCUUGGUAUGUUCGGUUUGGGAAAUUUCAAGGGGUUCUGAAGGCAAGAGAGAAGGUGGUUAACAUUAGUGUUAAUGGAGUUGAUGCUGAUUUCCACAUGUAUCUUGAUCAGAGAGGCCAAGCUUACUUUCUUAGGGAGGUAGAAGGAGAAGAGAGGGAAUCUGUCUCAUCAUCUUCUGGUGACGAUACAGAUGAGCAAUCCCAAAAAAGCAUAAGGCCAGUGAAGUCCAAAAGUUGCAAUUAUGAUGACAGUCAGCUCAAUGCAGGUGACCAGUUUGAUGAAAGUAAUAGGAAGAUUGUGUCUAGGAGUAACUCCCGCAGGUCUAGGAUAUUUGGUCUUGUUUUUGGACGGAGGUCAAUGAAAGAAGAUGGUUAUCAAGAUGAAGGUGAUGGUUCAGUAAGUUCAUUAGAGCGUGCAGAGAUUGCAGCAAAUCUCUUGGAUGUGAAGUGGUCUACUAAUCUUGACACUAGUAAUCCUAGGAAAGAUAAUGUUUCAAGGUUUUCUACUUCAGAUGCAUUUGUUACUAAAUUGGACAAGGAUAGGUCAACUAAUCAUGGACAAAGCCAGUUGGGCUUAUCAUUACAGGAUACCAUUGAAACCAGUGUGGACCAAUACACAUUGGCUGAGGCAACUGGUUCCUGCAAUGUGCAAAUGGACAAUGAUUUUCAGUCUGGCUUUGAGAACCAAGAAUUUCCUACGGAGGAACCUAAUGUAGAACUCUCGAGUUUACGUACCACUAAACAAAUUGUUAAGACUUCCAUAAUGGAUGAAAGUGCUUUGGAAGAGAAACUGGAGAUAUCUGAAAUGUCAGGAAACAUUGCUGAAGAUAAUCUACAGGAUACUGAUCAAGAUGAAAAUGUUGGGGCUAUAAUCUCCAAGAUUAUUUAUCCUGACAAGAAGUUUAAUGAUGAAUGGGUAACUGAUGAAAGAAAUGUUGCAUUAACAGAGUUUGACAUUUCUGAGGAGAAAUCUCAAAACUCUAUAGUUGGGCUGGAUGUAUCAAAAGAACAAUUUGAAGAAACAAAAAACCUCACUAGUGGAGGACCUGAAGAAUUUCAUUUCGAUGCUAAAGCAUUGCACGUGACUACUGAGUUAAUACCUGAGGAUAGAGUUACUCAGCAAGCAGAGAAAGUGGAGCUGGACAUGUUACACAUUGACUGUUUCAAUAAUAACCAUCAGGAAACCAAUCCAUCUCCUUCCAGAUAUGGCCAUGAUGAACUGAACUUUGAGGUGCCAUUGGCAGUGUCAGAUUCCUAUACCAAAACCGUAACUGUGGAUCCUAUACUUGGUUUCGUUGAAGUAGAGUCAAAUAGCAUUAGCACCAUUUCUGGUUUUAGUAACUCGGUGAAUCAAAUUCAAAAUGAGAUAAAUGUUAGUGAUAAGAUUGGUAGGAAGGAUCUCCAACCUUCUUUGAAUUCAGUUGGUGCUGAACAACUUAAUGGCGAUGGUGACCUAACAAAAGCAGUUAGUGUUCCAGUAUCGGAGAGUUCAGAAGAUGAACAAUUCCUCUUCAGUGAUCUUGAUGACUUGAAAUACAGAGAAACUGGGUAUGUGUCAACUUGUCCAGUUUCAAAUAAAGAAGCUUGUCCCUCAUCUUGUCCAGCAGGCACUAAUGAAGUGAAUGGGCCUUUCAGUACGAAUGAUGAAUGUAAUUCAUCUCAAGAGAGCUUCCACCAAACAAAUCAAUUGGCUGAUAUCAUAAGCAUAGGCAAUUCAAAGGUAGCAUCAAGUCCCAUUUCUAUUUCUAAACUUAAUAGCACUGCUGAUACAGAAAUUAGACGGCGGGCAGAAUCAUUACCUGAUAUAUGGUCACGCAUUGAUAAUCUGGGUACAGAGGAUGUUAAACAUCCUUUAAGUCAUUCACUGGACACAAACUCCAAGUCCUUGGACUGGAAUUUGCAUUACAAAGAUGAGUCACGCUUUAUAAGUUCAGAUACAGAUAAUGAAAACCAAUCAUCACUGGAGCACUCCAAUAAGGAAGAAUCUCAUCGUUCAGAAGAUAUUAGAAGUGCUGUUGUGAAUCCUGCUGUUGAGAUAUCUCUUUGCAAACACCUGUUAUAUGAAGGAAUGGGAGCUGAAGCUGCUUCUCAAGCAUUUGAUGCUGAAAAGCUGGACAUAGAUAAAUUUAAUUCUAUAGGUCCUACAGUGGUGAAGAAUGAUAGGCUUAUUGUUAGAAUUGGUGGCCAUUACUUUCCAUGGGAUGCAGCUGCUCCUAUUGUUUUAGGAAUGGUUACAUUUGGAAGUGAAAUCAUGUUUGAACCAAAAGGCAUGAUCUCUGUUGACCAAGUUCAGAAAUCUCUUGUAGGGGAUCCAUCAAGUGCCAUUGUUACCACUGGUGAAGGCUGGAGAAUUUGGCCUUUCUCUUUUAGAAGAUCAAGAUCUAGGAAGGCUGGACAGCCAACACUAACUGAGACUGGGAGCUCUGAUGCUGACAAUGUUUCAGAUAACAAACUUCUUAUGGAUAAUGAGAAAACUCUGGUUAAGCCUAAGGCCUUGAAGAAGAUUGUGAGGGCGAAUACUCCAACAUCUGAAGAGCUUGCAUCUUUGAAUCUAAAGGAAGGUAGUAAUGUGAUAACAUUCACAUUCUCCACUGCAAUGCUGGGAAGGCAGAAGGUUGAUGCUAGAAUUUAUUUGUGGAAAUGGAACACUCGCAUAGUAAUCUCAGAUGUGGAUGGGACCAUAACAAGAUCAGAUGUUCUUGGUCAGUUCAUGCCUUUGGUUGGGGUAGAUUGGUCACAAACAGGGGUUGCACAUUUAUUUUCAGCUAUUAAGGAAAAUGGGUAUCAAUUGCUUUUUCUAAGUGCACGGGCAAUAUCUCAAGCCUACAUUACUAGACAAUUCCUAGUCAACCUUAAGCAGGAUGGAAAGGCUUUGCCCGAUGGUCCUGUUGUUAUAUCCCCUGACGGACUUUUUCCUUCUCUAUUUCGUGAAGUCAUUAGGAGGGCUCCUCAUGAAUUCAAGAUUGCAUGCUUAGAGGAUAUCAAAGCAUUGUUUCCUCCGGAUUGCAGCCCUUUCUAUGCUGGUUUUGGUAAUAGAGAUACUGAUGAGAUAAGUUAUCUUAAGGUUGGAAUCCCGAAGGGAAAAAUCUUCAUCAUUAAUCCCAAGGGUGAGGUUGCUGUGAACCGCCGGGUUGACACAAAAUCUUAUACUUCGCUUCAUGAUCUGGUGCAUGGGAUGUUUCCUGUCAUGACAUCAUCUGAGCAGGAGGAUUUCAAUUCGUGGAAUUUCUGGAAAUUGCCUCCUCCUGAUAUUGACUUUUAAGGUGGCAACUGAAGAUGAUUGCUUAACCCUCUGAAUACUGAGAAGAAUGGGUUUUAGCCAUGCUUGUUUGAAACUACGGAGGUAGCAUGUGGCUAAGACCUGCGGCAGAAGUCUCCCCAUAUACUAUCUCAGUGCAGGGUUGGCUGAUGGACCGAAAGGAAUUUAUAGAAGUAGUGGAGUUGGAUUCCUUAUACCUUUUUCUUGCUUCAGAAAGAGUUAAAUGUACAAUAUUGUAUAGUGCAUACGUUUAUUUCUUGAAUGUAAGCAUGUCUCAUAGGUAGGCAUGCUUGAGAAACAUUAAUGUAUAAUCCUUUUUAAUUGAAAUGAAUUAUCAUUCAUUGUCGUUGAUACUUA